AUGCGUCUCUCUGCCUCUUUCUGCCUCCUCGCCAUCCUACCUGCCGUCUCGCUCGCGGCUCCGUUUGAGCCCGUGAAGAAAGCGCUGCAGAUCCCGCUCAAGCGUCAUGCUUCGUUCGUCCAAGAGGACGGCGUCGUAGACAUCUCUGCGCUCGCAAACCAUAUGGCCGCCUCGACCGCUAAGAUAAACGCAGGCUUCUCCAUCUUCGAAACCAACACCGGCACCGUCCACUCCCUCGCCUCCACCGUCUCCUCCGCCCUCUCCUCCCUCGGCCUCUCCCGCCGCUCAACUGGGGCCGUCUCCCUCGCCGACCAGUCCCAAAUCAUGUGGACCGGCAACCUCACCGUCGGCACGCCCCCGCAGAGCUUCACCGUCGAUUUCGACACGGGCAGCUCCGACAUGUUUUUGGCGGGCGCGGACUGCGGGAGUACGUGUGAGGGGAGGACGUUGUAUGAUCCGAGCAAGAGCAGCUCCGCGACGGAUAUGGGGAAGAAUUUUACGUUGAAUUAUGGAGAUGGGAGUCAAGUGCAGGGAAAACAGUGGAGCGAUACGGUCACGGUGCAGGGUCUGACGACCUCGAACCAAACCGUCGGCGCCGCAUCGACCUACUCCACCUCCUUCCAAAUGGACGGCCUCAUCGGUCUAGGCUUCCAAUCCAUCUCCGUCUACAACCAACCCCCGCUCUUCCAAUCCCUCGCCUCAGCCGGGCAACUCGACUCCUCCGUCUUCAGCUUCAAACUCUCCACCUCCGACUCCGAGCUCUUCCUCGGCGGGACGAACGAUGCGCUCUACAGCGGCGACAUCACCUACACCGACGUCACCCAAGAGGGCUACUGGCAAGUCCAAAUGGACUCUCUCUCGCUCGUGGCGAACGACUCCACGGCGACGCAGAUGUCGGGCUCUACGGCGUCGAUUAUCGAUUCGGGGACGACGCUGGUGUUGGGCGAUAAGACGAGCGUGGCGGCGUUUUAUGGGAACGUGACGGGCGCGAAGGAGAUUGAGGGACAGAGUGGGAUGUGGAGUGUGCCGUGCGAUGGGGUGCCGACGGCGAGUAUGAGCUUUGGAGGGCAGAGCUUCGAUAUUGAUCCGAGUACUUUCUCGUUGGGGCUUGUGAGUGCUGGGUCGAGCGAUUGUGUGGGUGGGAUUGCGGCGACGUCGACUUCGUUCUGGAUCAUCGGAGACGUGUUCAUGCAGAACGUCUACUCCGUCUUCGACGUAGACCAGAAACGCGUCGGGUUCGCUACCCUCGCUUAA